AUGAAAUGUGACAUGGCGUGCCAGUUCAACUACGAUCCAGUCUGCGGCAGCGAUGGUAGGACGUACAGCAACGAGUGCCAGCUUCAAUCCUUGAAUUGUGGAAAGGCUCUGAGGGUUGAAAUGGUAAUGAAAGGUGAGUGUGAAAAAGUGAAAGAAUUGAGAGAGUGCGCCAUUCCAUGCUUCAGAAUGUACGACCCUGUUUGCGGCAGUGAUGGUGUGACGUACGGAAACGAAUGUGAAAUGAGAACUGAAUCUUGUCUCAAGAAGCAGGAAAUAUCAAUCGCACACGCAGGAGAGUGCCAAGCGCAACCGGAACUUGAGUCAUGUGCCAUUCCAUGCCAGCCACUCAGACAGCCUGUCUGCGGUUCCGAUGGAGUCACUUACUGGAACAAAUGCGAGUUGGAAACUGAGAACUGCAUGAAGAAAGCAUCAGUGGAAGUGAUGUACGAUGGUGAAUGUCUGGAGGAUUGCAACAUCCCCUGCCAUUUCAACCUCGAUCCGGUUUGCGCCGAAGAUGGAGUCACCUACACAAACAAGUGCUACCUGGAGACAAGAAACUGCCUGGCCAAGGAAUUCCUCAAGGUUGUUCACCAAGGGAGCUGUUGA